AUGGAUGCAAACGGCGACGAGCUGCAGCAAGCUCACCGAGAGCUGCAGCAGGACGUACGAAACCUGCUGGUCCUGCCUCCCAUCAACAUCCCUCGUGAGCAGAGGGUACAGACGCCGCGCCAGAUGCGCUGCCAACUGAUGGAGCACCAGAAGGUCUGCUUGAGCUGGCUGAUGCGGCAGGAAGAGGAUCGCAACAAGCGAGGUGGCCUCCUUGCAGACGGUAUGGGCUUGGGGAAAACCAUCCAAGCUUUGGCCCUCAUCGUCGCCCGUCCGUCCUCUGACGGAGCCCGCAAGACUACGCUCAUCGUUGCCCCGCUCGCCUUGCUGCGACAGUGGCAGAGCGAAAUCGAGACCAAGAUCAAGCCCCAAUACCAACUCAAGACAAUCGUUUUCCACGGCGGUAUCAAGGGAACCACGUCGGUCGACGAGGUUCUUGAUCAUGACAUCGUCCUCUGUACCUACGGAAAGCUCACAGCAGAGUACAAGGCUCGAUUUGAACUGAACAAGCUGAAGGGAGUGGCCAUCCUCCACCCCCAGUCCUUGUUCUACCGUGUCAUACUCGAUGAAGCUCACAACAUCAAGAACAAGUCCACCAAGGCGUCGCUUGCUGCUGCCGCCAUUCAAUCCGAAUAUCGACUCUGCAUGACGGGAACACCGUUCAUGAACCGCGCGGCGGAGAUUUACCCCCUCAUCCGUUUCCUGCGCAUCGCACCUUACGACAGAUGGGAGCGCUUCAGCGAGGAGAUUGACCGGCCUAUCCAGAAGUGGGAUGGGGAUCGAGGCGCGGCAGCACUGCGCAAGCUCCAGGCCGUCAUCCGAAGCAUCACCAUACGACGGACGAAGGAAUCGCGUCUUGAUGGGCAGCCCAUCAUUCGACUUCCCCCUCGCCGAGAAGAGGACGCCCACACCCAGUUCGACCCGGACCAGGCCGCAUUCUACCACGCCCUCGAGUGUCAGCAGCGCCUCAAGUUUAACAAGUAUCUGAAGGCUGGCACCGUACUGAAGAACUACAUUUAUGUCCUCGUGCUGCUGCUCCGCCUCCGACAGGCCUGCGACCACCCUCAUCUGAUCAAGAACCAUGGCACUCCCGAGGGUACCAGUCUUGGCGCCGACGAGAUGCUCGCCCUCGCACUGAAGCUGAAGCCUGACGUGGUUGCGCGGAUCAAGGCCCAAGAGCAGUUCGAGUGCCCCAUCUGCGAUGCUGUUCCCGAGAACGCUGUCAUCAUCAGCCCCUGCGGUCACUCUAUCUGCCCUGAGUGCUUCGCCCUUGGCAUGUCAGUCCGCGAGACCCAAGAUGAUGGUGGCAGGCAGAUGGAGAUGAAGUGCCCUGAGCCUGGCUGCCGUGUCCUUGUCACUGGAACGAAUGUCGUGAUGCAUAACUUCUUUAACUACCUCUCGCUCGGCCAACUCCGCAACGAUGCCUUCAGAAAUGCAGAGGCGAUGCACCGGUACCGCCGCCGGCUCCGUAAAGAGUGGGUGUCCAGCGCCAAAAUCGACAAGAUCAUGUCCCUCCUGGCCGACAUCCGCCGACACCAGCCGCGAGAGAAGACUCUCAUUUUCUCACUCUGGACAUCCUUCCUUGACCUGCUAGAGGUCCCCAUUCAGGACGUUGGCUUUGGCUACACGCGCUACGACGGCUCCAUGCGGCCUGACACCCGUGACGCGGCUGUCAAGAAUUUCAUGGAGAAUCCAGACGUGGAGGUGAUGCUCGUGAGCCUGACGGCAGGCAAUGCUGGUUUAAAUUUGACUGCUGCGAGCCAAGUCAUCAUAUCUGAGCCCUUUUGGAACCCCUUCACGGAAGAGCAGGCCAUUGAUCGUGCGCACCGCAUCGGCCAGAUGCGCAGGGUGACGGUCCACCGCGUGCUGAUCGCGGGUACUGUAGAGGAUCGCAUCCUUGCUCUGCAGUCGAAGAAGAAGGCUCUUGUCAACGCAGCAUUGAGUGAGGAGGGUGCCUCCUACACUGGCAGGCUGAGCAUUGAGGAGCUGCAGAGCCUCUUUGGUGUUUGA